UUUAAACGACGUCCAACUCUCACUAUUCUUAACCAUCUACUCAUACGUUUAUUUCUAAACCAAUAGAACUAUAGAAGCCAUCGCGAUGGAGAAGCAAGAAGCAGAGCUUAUCUUCAUCCCUUUCCCGAUCACCGGACACCUUCUCGCCACCAUCGAACUCGUAAAAAUUAUCCUCAGCCACGACCCUCGUCGGAUCCACACCAUCACCAUCCUCAACUGGGGUUUACCUUUCCUCCCUCAGUCUAACAACGACGCUUCCCUCCAGUCCCUAGCCAAGUCAGAGCCUCGAGUCCGUAUCUUCACCUUGCCCGAGCUCACAAACCCUCCACCGAUGGAGUUCUUCGUAAGAGCUCCCGAAGCUUACCUUCUUGAAUUCGUCAAGAGAAUGGUUCCUCUGGUGAGAGACGCUGUCUCGACUCUCUUGUCUUCCUCUCGUGAUGGUUCAGACACGGUUCGUGUCGCGGGAUUUGUCCUCGACAUGUUCUGUGUCCCUUUGAUGGAUGUCGGAAACGAGCUGCACCUCCCUUCUUACGUAUUCCUCACUUGCAGCGCCGGUUUCUUGAGUUUGGCGAAACACAUCCCGGAGAGACACCGACGUGUCAAGUCCGGAUUCGACAGGAACUCCGGCGAGGAGGAGAAUACUGUUCCUGGAUACGUCACCUCCGUUCCGACCAAGGUUUUGCCACUUGGUCUGUUCACGAGCGAAUCCUACGACGCGUGGGUUGGCAUGGCCGAAAAGUUUCAUGAAGCUAAGGGUAUUUUAGUAAAUUCUUCUACGUGUCUCGAGCCUGACGCCUUCGGUUAUUUCGAUCGUAUUCCCGUAAAUGAAUACCCACCCGUUUACCCAGUGGGUCCGAUUCUCUGCUUCAACGACCGUCCGAUUUUGAACCCAUCGGAGCGAGAUCGGGUCAUGACGUGGCUCGACGAGCAACCCGAGUCAUCGGUAGUGUUCCUCUGCUUCGGAAGCUUGAAGAAUCUCGAUGCGGCUCAGAUUCAGGAGAUAGCUCGAGCUCUAGAGAUCGUUGGAUGCAGAUUUCUCUGGUCGAUUCAGACAGAUCCAAAGGAGUACCCGAACCCGAUCGAAAUUUUACCGGACGGGUUCAUGAACCGAGUCUCGAAUCUGGGCUUUGUGUGCGGUUGGGCUCCACAAGUUGAGAUUCUGGCCCAUAAAGCAAUCGGAGGUUUCUUGUCUCACUGCGGUUGGAACUCAAUACUUGAGAGUCUGCGUUUCGGCGUUCCAAUCGCCACGUGGCCUAUGUACGCGGAACAGCAGUUAAACGCGUUCACGAUGGUGAAGGAGCUUGGUUUGGCCUUGGAGAUGCGUUUGGAUUACGUGCUGGCAGAUGGAGAAAUAGUGAAAGCUGAUGAAAUCGCUAGAGCCGUCCGAUCUUUAAUGGAGGGUGAAAAUGUGCCGAGGAGGAAACUGAAGGAGAUUGCGGAAGCAGCAAAAGAGGCUAUGAUGGACGGUGGAUCUUCGUUUGUUGCGAUUGAAAGAUUCAUCGACGAGUUGAUAUUUGCUAUGGAUUGUUCCAAGUCUAGAGAAUAACAUAUACUUGAUGAAAAAAGUUGAAGUUGAGCAGAAAUAAAUAAAUAAUAUUA